GCUCUGCACAGGUAACAAUCAGUGAAUCUAAGCUUCCCACAAAAAAGCAGUGAGAUAAUAACCAUGGCCGUAUCCAGUCUGCACUACACCAUGGGCAUAUCCAGUGGCUUUAAAGUCUAUAUUCUGGAAGGACAGCAUAGCCCACGAGAACAAGAUCGUGUCUGGUCCAUGCCCAACCCUAGGAUUCCCAUCUAUCCUAUCAAACGCAAGCACAGCCCGGAGCCACCGCAGCCUCUGAAAAGAGCGUGCCCUGUCAAAAACGUGUGCAGAGAGAAAGUGAGUUCAUCAUCUAUGAAUUCAAAGCCACCAGUGAAACUCAGCCCUAUGCACAGUGCCCCUACAAGAAUUCUAAAUCAACAUUUAGCCCUGGAACGUGUUUUGAGAAGACUAAUGCCCGAACAGCGAGAGACCGAGCCAAAUUCUGAUGACCAGCCCCUGGCCUUGGUAAAAAAAAUAGAAAGGCCUUGUAGUGAGAAGAAGGAAGUCUCUCCAGCCAUGCUACAACAGAUGCGACCAUCUGUCAUCACCUGUGUGGCUAGACCAAAGCCAGCUAAUACCCCAUCUAUGGAGACGAGACGACCAUCUUUGGACAGUGACAGUCAAAGUUCUUCAAGAACCAGUUCCCCUGAUAUUGUAGACGAACAUUUUCAGAGGAGCUUGGGGUCCUGUUACACACAUCCAAAUGCCCACAGUCCUUCAGACAAUUGCCUUUCCUCCCGACCCAUCUCUAUCUCUGUAGAAGAUCACUUUUCUAAGGCUUUGGGCACCAAGUGGCUUCUUAUCCGGGCGGCAGCCGACUCUCCAUCUUCUCCAGAAAACAAGUCAAGAAUCCUACUCAGAUAGACUAUCCACAAAAUGUGGACCUGUUUUCUUUAGUUCAAAGACUUUUUGUAAAUAUAUUUAAUUUCUCUUGUAGAGAACAUAAAAUACGUGUAAUACAUGGAGUGGGAUGUUUUUUUAAAUCGAAUAAUUGUAAAGUUUUUAAUUCUUUACAGAAGGAAUAUUAUAAUAAAACAUUAAAAAAAAAAAAA